CCUCAUGUUGGAACAAUUGAAACGGAACUUAACAGAUAAUUGUGGAUACCUUCAUUGUUGAUAAUGCCUCUUUCAGUGGUAAAUCCAGACUCUGCGAAGCACGAGACCACAGCUAAGGAUGAAUCUUUGGCCGCGAACACGAAUGUCCUGCCCUCCAACGUCCCAAAUAUCGUGGUAGAAAAGCCUGGUGAUCUAGCCCCUCAAAUCCCAGAUUUGGAGACAACUGUCGCGGAAGAGGUGAACGAAGAAGAUGUCGUGUCUGCUAAAUUAGACAUCGAUAGUCAAUCCACUUCGCAGCAGCCUUCCUCUUCAACGGCACCAACAACGCCGAACUUCGAGGAAGAGUCACUGGACGACAAAGAUAUUGAAUUGCUUAAUAACGGUUUCAUCCAGCUCAACACCCACGACAUCUCGCUGGUUGAUCAGCACAUAAGACUCGAAAAGUUUGUGCGCGAUCUUCAAGAUGGUGUCGACGCGCUAUGGACAUGUCGAAACUAUCCUCGAUAUAAGGAGGUUCGAGUACUGUUGAUGAGCUGGGAAGAAGAUAACCUGGGAGUCGAGCAAGAACUACUGAGGUUGAAAACGGUAUUUUCGCGUUUGUACAAUUUCGAUGUCCAGUGCUUCAAGAUCCCUAGCCAGUCCCCGGCGAGAGUGACGGUUUCCAAGGUAUCGUCUUUGAUUUCAGAAUGUGGUGUCGAUAGCUUGAUCAUAAUGUACUAUGGCGGACAUGCGGCUUUGACUCAGCAGAGUAACAGUCCAGCAGUCUGGGCGGCAACGGAUAAACCCGGAUCGGUCAAAUUUUCGUCAUUUGGUGUACAACAAGUCCUCGAAGAAGCGGCUUCGGAUGUAUUACUGCUCUACGAUUGUUGUUAUGCUUCGCAUCCAGCUGUGAAUGGUGCCGGUCAAGGCGUAACUGAAGUCAUCGCUGCAUGCGGGUUCGAAGCCCAGGCUCCAGCAGUUGGACCUCACUCAUUUACCAAUGCUCUUAUCCAAGAGCUCGAGGAGUCCUUCAAUGGCGCUCCAUUCUAUGCAGCCGAACUACACAGCAAGAUCUUAGGCUCAUUGAAGAAUUGGAAGCCUAAGCUCUUGCGGGAGCCCAAUGGUAAUGUUUGGGUUGAUGAGAAGGGUCAACCAAGAUACGAAUGUCACAAACGAAGGACCCCAGUACACUGUCUUCUGACAACCAAGAGACCAAAUCGCAGCAUCAUGCUGGCACCGCUUCGGCCAGGCGUCUCAAUGAGGCAGACAGUUCACGAAAAACAAUCUCUUGGAAGCGCACUAGGGAAUAACUCAAUGCCUAGUAACUAUUAUAAAGACCCUAACCUACCUCACUAUCCCCAAGUUCUCAUCAGUGUUCGCCUCGAAGAAGAUUAUCUUGCCGAUGAUGAUGAUAGAGAAAGUCAAAAGCGACAGCAACCUUGGCUAGAGUGGUUCCGUAAUAUCCCAGAUGCUGCGAACAAAGUCACCAUUCAUGGGGUCUAUAGAAGUUAUUCAACCCUGUUGCUCCUGAGCAUGUCCGUUGCUCUCUGGAAUAUUCUCCCUGCCCAUGUGGCUUACUCGUUCAUUGGAUUUUUGAACUCCGGCAAUCUGGCUAUCCAAACUCAGGAGGUACCCGAGAAAGUAGCGGCAAAAGACCAGGUUGAGGCUUUUCCUGCCACAAAAGUUUCUCCACAGAAGCUAGCGGCUGAAGAGUUGAAAGAGAAGCGACCAGUUCUGUCGGCCGAGAGUUCAGAUGAGCCUAUAAAAUUCUUGGAUCCAAAUGGCCACAAAUUUCUCUUCCCAUUCUGGAAGUGUCAAACAUGGGAAGGAAUCAAAUUGUUAAUCCAAGAAGCUUCGGCGAUGGAUAAAGAGCUACUUUCCUUUGUUAACGACGGCCGAUAUCGCCUUUUCGACAUCAACGAAACUGUCAUCCUCCCAAGUCUUUGGAUCAGCUUCAUUCGUCCAGGGAUGAAUAUCACAAUGCGCGUCUGGCCUCCUCAUAACCAGCUGCCAUCUCCAACACCACCCAGCUCUCUACAACUUCCUGACCCCGUCCAGCCCUGCCCCACUUGCAAUCGCAGUUCACACACCAUGAGUAGUUAUGCCUACAGUGUACCUCCGCCACCUCCUUCAGUAUACGCACCGUAUUGGCCUCCGCCUCUUCAGGAUUUUCCACUAUCUGCCCCACGAGAUUCAAUGGAACAAACAAGCUAUCCCAAGUCUUCAUCAAAUCCUAUAUUUGGUGGAAUUUACAGCAAUAAGCCUCCACCAAGAGAUUCGAUACGACGGCCCACUAAUCCGAGAGCACCAAGAUAUGCGUUUGUGGACUCGGAGAGCGCCUCAGAGGAAUGGUCUGAUCCUGAAACUUUCAAAAAGCGCGUUGAAAAGAAGUGGAAGGUGAAGGAAAGAUCCGAGUUCCCGCAGAGACCUAAGGUUACCCUAAAGACAGCAUCGACCAAUCGCGGAGACAGUACCUUGGUAGGUUCAGUGCCAGGUAGCCGGAAGCAUGAUGUAGCUCCCGAUUACUUCUAAGAUGCUGCUUUGAUAAAGACUCUUGUUAAAGUGAUGGCGGUCUUGAGUCCUCAAACAGAAGUUGGCCUAAAUUCUUGAGAAAAACCUAUGCCAAUACCCAGCCAAUUUCUAGGUGCAAAAUCAGGAUGUUCUUCAUACAAGGAAGUAUCUAUAAUCGGUAGCUCGUUCCAUCUGGCUUCCCCAGAUAUCAAAUGACCCUUUGAGUCAUUCGUGAGUCUAAGCUUUUCGUGGGCAGUGGCAAUGAACCGUAAUAAGUUUCUGCUAAAUCAGGUGCUUGAUGAUUACAAGUGUUGUAAGUAUGACUCGCAACAAUACAGAGGAACACCAAGGGGUCAUGUUGGUUAUUGGAACAUUUCACUGUUCUCAACAUUUCGGCAGGAUCCAUGACUGGACGGAAGCAUAUACUGUUGAGCAUGUCAUAGUGGACAAUCUGAGGUGGUAUGGAAAUGGAGACACCAACUGCAAAUGCGCAGUUUGAUUUUUGAUUGGAUAGUCUCAAACUCGAGCUCCCAUGACCCACUUCUCCAGACUCUCCUCCAUAAUAUGAAACGCUCUAUCUCAUCUCUUCGAUAAACCUCACACAUGCUCCCCCUCAUAUCCUCCAUUAUUGCACUCAUCUUACCAAUCAAACUCUCUGUUUUCUUCCUCCUUCCAGCACCCUAUUUCCAAACUGCUUGCACCAUGGUUUUCCAGGCUCGCAAAAGCUGAGAGGAUUCUUUCCAAGUUUACUUUUGAACCAUUGCUUCACGUCGACUUCGAUCUUCUCAGCCUCCUCAAGUCUUCUUUUAGCCAAUGUCGUACCAUUCACAACCGAUCCUACAUCACAAGGUCACGAUGAGAAAGCAACUUUGGCAGCGAGGCGAUCGAUGAGC